AGACCCACAACUUGACACAGCGGGUGCUCGCCGGACACCCGUGCGCCCUUCGCCUUUGGACUGCGCCAUGGCGGUCGCGAUGUGCCGGGGCAGUGGCUGGCUCCGGCUCGGUCUGCGGGCCCGACCUGUGACCACGUUCCCGCAGGUGAACCCUCGGACCGGGCGCACCUUUCAGACGUACCAGGAGAUGAGUGAGAGCGAGGUGGGGCAGAUCAUUGAGGAGGCGAACGGCGCCUUCCAGGCCUGGCGCCGCGUCCCGGCGGCGGAGCGCGUGGCGGCGCUCGCGCCCCUGGCGGAAGGUCUGCGGAGCCGAGCGGACGAGGCGGCCGAGCUGAUGUGCCAGGAGAUGGGGAAGCCACCGGCGCAGGGCCGCGCGGAGGUGCUGAAGUGUGCCUACCUGGUGGACUGGUACGCCCAGCACGGGGCCAGCUUCCUGGCAGAUACGCCGUACCCGGCCUUGCCGGGCUUUGCCAAGUCCUUCGUCACCUACCAGCCCCUGGGAACCAUCCUGUCCAUCAUGCCCUGGAACUUUCCGAUGUGGCAGGUGAUCAGGAUGGGGGUCCCCACCCUGAUGGCGGGCAAUGCGGUGCUGCUGAAGCACGCACCCAACUGCUUCGGCAGCGCCUUGCUUUGCGAGGAGCUGCUGAAGACAGUCAACGUGCCACAGGGGCUGUUCCGCUCUUUGAUCGUAGACGUGCCGCAGACAAACAAGAUCCUGGAGCAUCCACUUGUGCAAGGGGUGGCUUUGACGGGCUCGGAGAUGGCGGGCCGGGCGGUGGCGGCGAAGGCGGGAUCGCUGCUGAAGAAAGCGGUGGUGGAGCUCGGGGGCAGCGAUGCCUAUGCUGUGCUCAAGGACGCGGAUUUGGACGCGGCGGCCGAGGCGGUGGUGACGGCGCGGGUGGUGAACAGCGGCCAGGUCUGCAUCGCGCCGAAGCGCGCCAUCGUGGAGAGGAGUGUGAAGAAAGCCUUCGAGGAGAAGGUGCUGUCGAAGGUGGCCGCAAAGAAGUACGGGACGGAUUUCGGGCCUUUGGUCCACGCCAAGGGACGAGACGACGUGGCGCGCCAGGUGCGGGAGAGCCAGGCCCAGGGUGCCAAGUUGCUCUUCGGCGGUGACAGCGCUGCACUGCCAGAAGAGGAUUGCACAGAGGCCUUCUACCCUCCGACGGUGCUCACGGACGUGAAGCCCGGGAUGACGGCCUUCGACGGCGAGAUCUUCGGGCCGGUGAUCGCCAUCGUCGAGGCUGAAGACGAGGAGCACGCACUGAAGCUCGCCAACCAGUCGCACUACGGGCUGGCGGCCGCAGUCUUCACCAGCGACCUGGAGAAGGGGGAGCGCUGGGCGGUGAAGGAGCUGGACGCUGGCAUGUGCUUCGUGAAUGACUUCGUGCGCAGCGACCCCUCGCUGCCCUUUGGCGGGGUCAAGGCCUCCGGCCUGGGCCGGGAGUGCGCGGCCUUCGGCAUGCAGGAGUUUGUGAACGUGAAGACCAUCUGCGUCAAGUGAAGCGAAUCAAUCCGUCGCGCCCCAAAGGGAAUGGCCCCGUUGGUCCGGUGGAACAGUGGCAGGUGACAUCCAUCCCACCCCAUCGAGAAUUCCCCCGUUGGUUCGGUGGAUUUGACAUUUGCACAGUUGCCUGGCCAUCCAAAGUUCACGCUGGGUGCUUGAGGUGGUA